AUAGCGUUUUGCAAAUCAGUAAAUUCCUUUGGGAUUUAAUCCUGGGACUCUAAACAAGACCUGAUUUAAUCAUGCAGAACAGUAACAAGGAAUCCAUUAACAAAGUUGGUGUGAAAUGAGAUUCCUAACGCACACGCUUCGACAAGGUCACGUCGUCCUGAAAUAAUCUGUUGAUCGAGCGACGUGAAGCACGGCGCAUAGUCGAGAAACAACAUGGCGUGUGUACACAAAACGUAAAAUGAUGUGGCAUUCCACAUCGAUUUCCUUGUUUUAGUUCAUUUUGUGGUGUUGGUGGUCGGGCAUCGGCGGGCGAUGUGACUGGCGAGGCCGGCACCCGACCUCGGUACUAGUUCCUCCCCGAUGUGGCGGCUGGGCCGGGCCUAGUCUAGAUGGAGUGGUCAAUGGCGGGGGAGAUCGAGGAGCUGGUGGUGUGCGCGUGCUGCAAGCGCACGUUCGACGAAGAGCGGCCGCCCAAGCUGCUCGCGUGCAAACAUAGCUUCUGUCUGGCGUGCGUGCGCGACGUGCUAGCGCGCGGCCGCGACCUCGCCUGUCUGCACUGCUGGAAGCGCACCGACCUGCCCGCGCGCGUCGACACGCUCCCCACGCACGCCGCGCUGCUGGCGCUGGCGCGUCGGCUCAGCGGCGGCGUCUGCGGCGCGCACGCGCUGCCCGCGCUGUGGUGCUGCGCGUGCGGCGUGCGCGCCUGCCGCGCCUGCGACGCGCACGCCGCGCAUGCGCACGCGCUGCGGCCGCCCAGCGAGGCACGCGCGCUGCUGGCGCGCGACUGCCGCGAGUUGCGCGCCGACCUCGCCCGCCUGGCCGCGCGCCGCCGCGACCUGCUGCUGCGCGCGCUCGACGCCGCCACCGCGCUCAAGGUGCGGCUCGAGACCGAGCUGGCCGCACCCGCCGCGCCCGAGCCCGGCGGCGCCGGCGCCUCGCCGACGUCCGCAGCCGACGAGCGCUCACGCCUGCGCGCGCGGCUCGCGGCCGCCAGUGCGCAGGCGCGCGCAGACGAGCUAGUGCGCGCUGCACGCGGCCCGCUGGAACGAGAGCUGCUGCGCCGCGCGCUCGGCGAUCCGCCGCCGCCGGACGCGCGCGAUCCGCUGCUGUUUCUCGCCAAUUACUGCACGGCGCAGCUGCACGCGCGCGCUGCGGUCGACAUCACCGGCACGGACGAGGCGGACGCGACCUCGCCGAGCACCAGCGACACGCCGGGCGUGUCUCCCUGCAGUCCGCCGCCGCGGCCGCCGAGCGCGUUUCCGUUGUUCUACUUCAACCUGGAGGUGAACGGCGCGGCGUUCGGGCGCGUGGUGAUCGAGGUGCGCAGCGACGUGGCGCCGCGAAUGGCGCGCAACUUCAGUGUGCUAGCGACGGGCGAGCUCGGGCUCGGGUACCGCGGCUGUACCGUGUUCCAGUGCUGGGAGAACGAGAGCGUGAUCACGGGCGACUUCGAGCUGAACAACGGGCGUGGCGGGCGCUCCGUGUUCGAGGAGAGCUACUUCAUGCCGGACGACACCAAGCUGGCGGCGGUGCGCGGCGCGGUGGGCAUGCGGCGCUCGCAGAAGCGGCACGACAACUUGGGGCUGGUGGGCUCGCAGUUCCGCAUCGUACUGCGCGAGAUGCGCGGCUUUACGGCCAUCUUCGCGACCGUGGUGGAGGGGCUGGAGCUAGUGGACCGCCUGUCGCGCACCGGCGACUCCGCCGGCAAGCCGCACUCCACUAUCCUCAUCUCCAGCUGCGGCAAGCUCAACUGAGCCGUUUCUAAUGUGCUUAGCGAAUAUCAUAGAUCUCGCCCGUGCAUAUCUGAUCUCUAUCGCGACUCUAGUACCUUACAUUUUCAAUCCGUCGGACCAACCAUUUCGCGUGUACGUGAGAUAUUUUUAUACGUGUAGGGAGACUAUUUUGAAAUAUUUACACGUAUUUCCGAAGUUCGUCGGCUCGCGCUUGUCGGUGUUUCUUCGCGUCUAUCGGUAUCGUUUUCAGUGUGGGCCUACUGGGUAUUGUCUCAUUACAAAGUAAUAUAUUUUUGUUAUAGCGCGGAUCCACGCCGGGACCCGCGCGUCGUGCGGCUAGUUAUAAGUUAUAAGGUUUUAUCGUAUGUGUGUCAAUAUAAAUGUUAUAGAUAUAUUUAUAGUACCUAUAUAUUGUAGUCGGAUUGUCGAUCGCCGCGGUGUCGUAUAUGUAUAGCGGAUAUAUUUACUCGUCGUAGAAUAAUAUAUUUACAAGCAAAUGUUACCUCUCGAAUGUGGCGUUGAGAAAGAAGGUUAUUGCACGAAUGACCGAAUCCCGGGGUUUAAGACUGUGAUGAUAGUUAGGUAGCGGAGUCAGCAGUGCCUGCUUUAUAUCGAAUAUAUUUACUAUUGAACGUUGUCGUCUCUUCGUUCUUCGAUCGCGGUCGUGCUCGUUAAGUUUACUUCCCUAUUAGCAGAGUUUAUAUACAUCGACGCAUGUUGUCUCGCGUUGACUAUAUUCAUGUUAUUGUAGCGCGUUUUGUUUCUCGAUAUAGUUUAUGAGGGGAGAGAAGCGAAGCGGACCGGGCCCGGGCUUGUUAAUGUUAUAUGUACACGCAUAUUACCAUGUCCGAAGCGAAUUCGUGAUAAAUAAAUAUGUCUAUGGCAGCA